CGGAGAGGUGUGAUGUUCGCAGCUCCUCCCUGGAGGACGUCAGUGUAACACGAGUUAUUUCUUGCAGGUGAGACACAGAGGAAAGUGUUUGGACGUUAAACCAUGGCUGGGUCAGCUGACACCAUUGAGAUGCCGGCUCUGGGCCGCCCGUUCCAGCUGGGGAUGCUGUACGACUGCCGCAGUGACUCCCUCAUCCCAGGCAUCACUUUAUGGGACCUGGAGAUACUUCAAAAUCAUGUAGACACAAAACCACAGCCCGAGACUGAAUUUCAGAUUGUUGUAUCUGAUGCCACUGACUACAAGGCCUCUGCCCUCAAUGUCACAGCAUCGCUGAAGGCCAGUUUCCUGUCUGGCCUGGUGGAAGUGAAUGGAGCCGCAGAAUAUUUAAGUGAUAACAAGACAUCAAAACAUCAAGUCCGUGUUUCUCUCCAGUACUCAACCACGACACAGUUUAAGCAGCUGAGUAUGAGCCAGUUAGGGCUCCUUAAUAGCUCUUACCCUGAUGUGUUUGACCAAGGCACAGCCACCCACGUGGUCACGGCUCUGCUGUAUGGGGCGCAGGCUUUUUUUGUCUUCGAUCAGGACGUUUCUUCAUCUGAGAACAUACAAGACAUGCAGGGAAAACUCCAGGUUAUCAUUAAAAAGAUACCCCUGAUUUCCAUCGAAGGGGAAGGAGCUCUCAAAAUGGAUGACAUGGAAAAAAAACAAGCUGAAAAACUUAGCUGUAAGUUUUAUGGUGACUUUGCUCUUGAGAUCAAUCCAUCUACUUACCAAGAUGCCAUGAAAACAUACUCCACCCUCCCCAAGCUGCUGGGUGACAGCGGGGAGAAGGCCGUACCAGUGAGAGUCUGGCUGUACCCGCUGACCAAGCUGGAUUGCAAAGCUGCUCAGCUGGUGCAUGAGAUCAGCACAGAACUGAUCUUUGAUGUUCAAACUGCUCUGGACCAACUAACAGAAUUAGACAUGCAAUGUAAUGAUGCGGUGAAGAAUCCAAUUGCCUCAGCCUUCCCCGAAAUCCAGAGGAAAAUCCAGCAAUUCAGAGAUCUGUGUAAGCAACACAGACAGACUUUCCAGAAACAUCUAGCAAGUAUCUUACCCUCCAUCCGUGGAGGUGGAAAAGAGGAAGGGGCACUGGUGGACAUAUUAACCUGCAAAAACCGAUCACCGUUCAACACCCAGCAACUGAAUGAAUUUCUGGAUAAAAAGGAACGAGAAAUGACUUUCAUCAACUGCUACGUUUCUGCCCUAAAGGAUGUGGAAGUAGUGUCCUCCCAGAAUAAACUGGAUGAAAUAGUACUUGACCCCAUGAAUGACUUUGUCGUUGCCUUUAUGUUCACUUCACUACAUGAAGAGGAACCAUAUUUAUCAGAUUUAAAACUCUGCCUUCAGACCCAGUUUAUGAAAAAUACCCAAGAUCCUGCAUCAGUCAGUUCUGUCAGUGAGAAAUCUGAACUGUGGUUUGAGGAGAAACAGAGGAAACAAAGUGCCCGAAAAUCUGCAAAAUCCAUUUCAGACUUUGCCCGUGUCAAUAAAUCUAAUGGGAAAACUCGAUUCAUUGUGGCCUCUGUCCCAGACAAGGACAAUCCGGGAGCUUCAAUUUACCUCUAUGAAAAUGGAGACCUGGUCAGCACUAACUAUGAGCCUCCAUCAAAACCUCUUCCUCCCCUGAUUGAUGGAAUUAGACAUGACCGUGUGCAGCUCACAUUUAACCCAGCAGCCUAUGGCAGGGCUGCGAUAUCCGGCUAUCGGGCAGAGUACAGAAUUGUAGGGCAGGAGAACUGGACGGCUGUGACUGUAAAUAACACACAAGAGACAUUCACAGUAACAGGGCUCCGUGCAAACACCGAGUACCAGUUCCAAUACGCUGCAGUGAGCAAACCAAGGCUCAGCGAGAGCAGCGACGUGAGUGAUCCUGUGCAGACUCUUCCUACCUGUCCUCCUGGGAAGCUGGAAAAAGCUACUGUGGAAUCAUCAGCCAUCACUCUCACCUGGGAGAGUCCAAGUGUCAUUGGAGAUGGAGUCAGUAUAAGGGCAUAUAAGGUGGAAUAUAAAGAGGAAGCUGGAGGUGAGCAGAAAGACAAAUGGCUGGAACGAAGAACAGGCAAGAGGACAGGGUCCUGUAAGAUUGAUGGACUGAGGCCUGAGACGCCCUACAGAUUCCGAGUGUCGGCUGUGUGUGCGGACAGAGCUGUGAGUGCCCCAAGUGAGGAGGUUAUUGUUUCAACACAAAGAAAAGAAGAAUCAAAUAAAUUAGCACGCUCUCUCUGCACAAAGAGCACGCUCAUAAAAAAAGGGCAGCCAUCAGUCUAUGCCCUUCCAUUAGAGAAGGUAGCAUUGGAUCCUAUGUCAUCUUAUGUGAAGUACAGACUUGGAGAAAAGACACAUCAGGUCCAUAAUAAAGUCAUUAUGGUGAUGGGAGCAACUGGAUCAGGGAAAACUACACUCAUUAAUGGGAUGAUCAACUAUGUCCUGGGUGUGCAAUGGAAAAAUGAAUUCAGAUUCAAACUAAUCCAUGAAAUUACAAACAGAAGCCAAGCCCAGAGCCAGACAUCUGACGUGACAGCCUACGAGGUCAAUUGCAAGGAGGGCUUCAAAGUCCCCUACUCCCUGACUAUAAUAGACACCCCAGGAUUCGGUGAUACCAGAGGAAUUGAACAUGACAAAAUGUUAACGGAGCAGAUCCGAGCAUUUUUUUCCACUCCAGGAGCCAUUGAUCAGCUAGACGCUGUCUGCUUUGUAGUUCAGGCCUCUUUAGCUCGCUUGACACAUAUACAAAUCCUGAUCACCUUCGCAGAUGGACAGACGCCCCCUGUUCUACAGGCCAUUAACGAGUCUGAGGUGUCUUGUGCUAAAGACGCUCAGGGUGUCCCUGUUCAUUUCAAAUUCAACAACUCCGCACUGUUUGUCAACAAUGCUGGAGCUGGCAAGGGCCAUUGUAAUUUUGAUGCAAUGUUCUGGGAAAUGGGAGCGAGCAGCAUGGAGACUUUUUUUAAGUCCUUAAGAUCUUUAAAGACUAAAAGUUUAACAUUAACCCAGGAAGUUCUCUGGGAACGAAAGAAGCUCGAGGUUGCUGUGCAAGGGCUGCAGCCACAAAUCAAAGCUGGCCUGACAAAGCUAGAGGAGCUAAGACAGACUGAGCGAGCUCUGGAACAGCACAGGGGUGAUAUGGAGGCCAAUAAAGACUUUGAGUAUGAGGUAGAACGAACAGUGGCAGUGAAAGAAGACAUCAGCGGCACAGGUGUGUUUCUAACAAACUGCCAGGUGUGUCACUUCACAUGUCACGAUAACUGUGUAUAUGCUAAUGAUAAUGACAAGUACAAAUGUUGUGCUAUGAAUAGCUCUGGAAAUUGCACUGUUUGCCCUGGUAAAUGUGUGUGGAACAUUCACUUCAAUCAACAGUACAAGUGGGGAUAUGAAGUCAAAAAAGAGAAAAAAACCUUUGCAGAACUGCAGGAAAAGUACAAAAAGGCCUCUGAUGAGCUGAUGACUACAGAGAAGGUUAUUGAGAGGCUGUGUGAGGAAUACACUGAAGUAGAAGAGAUAGUCGUAGAGUUUAUUGAGGAAUCAUCUCUCAGCCUCCAACACCUGCAAGAAAUUGCCUUAAAACCAAACCCACUGUCCACUCCAGAAUACAUUGACCUCAUGAUCAUGUCAGAAGAGCAGGAAGCGAAGCCUGGGUACCAGGAACGCAUAAAAUCGCUGAGGGAGGUGAGAGAACAGGCCGUGAUAAUAACCAAGAUCACCAAUAACGAGGACUUGCUGCCAGCAGAGAUGGAAAAGUACAGGAAGCAUGAAACACAAGAGAUGGGAAUCAUGAAAAAAACAGGCGAGAAGAUUAAAAAAGGGUAUAAUAUGAUAUUGAGUAAAUAUGACUUCCAUCUCUUGGAGGGACCAUUAGAAGAGGAAUUGUAUGUUCCAUUAGAGAAGCUUAUAUUUACUGACCCUGCCAAACACCUCUACAACGAUGAAGAAAAAGGGUUUCUUGAAGAAGCAGAUAUGGAAAGUGGCGAUUGUAUCAACUUGUAA